AUGAGAGAAGAAACGCACUGUGAUGUUGUCAAAUUUAAACGUAGCAAACAUCAACAACACCUUGCACAACUGCCCAAACUCCCCCAGACGGUUGCUGAUGUUCGUACGCUGUACGCGCCGUCCGACUUUCGCACCACGCUGCUGGACGCAUCGCCAACGCCACCCAACGUAUCUAUCUGGUGGCCCUGUAUCUGGAGCAUGACGGACGCCGGGCGCGAGAUCCUCAACGCGCUGUAUCAAGCCAAGCAGCAGCGCCCGAGCUGGAAUCUGCGUGCUGGUCGACUGGCACCGCGCACAAGCGCGGGCGCAUCGGCGCCGCCGCCGCCAAUACCAACGCCGACUGCGCUGGGCGUCCUGCACCUGAAGGGCUUCGUGGUCGACGAUACCGUGAUCUACAGCGGCGCCAGCAUCAAUGACGUCUAUCUACAUCAGCAUGAGAAAUACCGUUACGAUCGCUACCAGCUGAUUACCAACGAGGCGUGGCCGAUACCUGAUCGAUUACAUCAAGCAGCAUCUGCUCACCGCCGGCGCCGUACAGCGCUCGAUCGCAGCGAUCGGCCGAAAAGCCCGGAGAUCAAAAACGAGACCCGUCUGUUCCGUUUCGCCCUGCGCCGCGCCGGUUACCACUUCCGCGGUAAAGCCGGUAACGAUGAGCUGGCGGUGACGCCGCUGGUUGGGCUUGGCAAGCAAAGCGUGCUGAAUAAAACCAUUCAUCACCUGAUGUCGUGCGCCGACCAGAAACUGACGCUGUGUACCCCUAUUUCAACCUGCCGGCGCUGCUGGUGCGCAACAUCAUUUAUCUGCUGCGCCAGGGCAAACAGGUGGAGGAUCAUCGUCGGCGACAAAACCGCCAACGACUUCUAUAUUCCGGAAGACCAGCCGUUCAAAAUCAUCGGCGCGCUGCCCUACCUGUACGAGAUCAACCUGCGCCGCUUCCUGAGCCGCUUGCAGCGUUACGUCGACACCGGUCAGCUGAUCGUGCGUCUGUGGAAGGAUGGCGAUAACAGUUAUCACCUGAAAGGCAUGUGGGUAGACGAAGAGUGGCAGCUGGUCACCGGCAAUAACCUCAACCCGCGCGCCUGGCGGCUGGAUCUGGAAAACGCCAUUCUGAUCCACGAUCCCAAGCAGGAAAUGCGCGAGCAGCGGCAAAAAGAGCUGGAAUGCAUCCGCACCCACACCACCGUGGUCGGCCAUUAUCAGGAGCUGCAAAGCAUUCAGCAGUACCCGAUCAAGGUGCGUAAGCUGAUUCGCCGUCUGCGGCGUAUCCGCAUCGAUCGGCUGAUUAGCCGUAUCCUCCGGAGUGAGACCAGCAACGCCAGCAGGCACAUGCCGGAAACGUACCAGAAGAAAGCGUUCUCCACGCCGAACGAUUUCAGCGACAGCGCGACAUAUUCCGCCGAACCGCCGAACAGGGCAUUCGCUACCGCAUAA